GCUAUUGAUGAAAGCCAGUUAGGGAAGAGAGGGUACCUGACACCGAUGACUGCCAAGGAAUACAUCCUGGCUCUGUGGAAGAAUGAAGGUUUCUUUUUGCGCUAUCUCUUCUCUGGGAUGGAUCCCCAGGAGAGCUCAGGAUUCAGUCCAGACAUGUUUUUUUUAGAUCUACUUGUGGUUCCACCUUCAAGGUAUCGUCCCGUGAAUCGUCUUGGAGACCGGCUGUUUACAAAUGGUCAGACUGUGAACUUGCAGGCUGUCAUGAAAGAUGCCAAAAUGAUACGGAAGCUCUUGGUUUUCAUGGCAAAAGAACAAUGUCAGCCAAUAAAAAUUACAGAAGAAAUCCAAACAGAGACCGGAGAGGAUAAAGAACCUCUGGACCAUUCUGUCCUGACAAUGAUUCCAGGACAGACCAUUGCAGAUAAGCUCUACAAUGCUUGGAUUCGUCUUCAGAGCCAUGUCAACAUUGUAUUUGAUAGUGACAUGGACAAACUAAUGACAGAAAAAUACCCUGGUAUUCGUCAGCUAUUGGAGAAAAAGGAAGGACUGUUCCGCAAGCACAUGAUGGGAAAACGCGUGGAUUUUGCUGCGCGAUCCGUCAUUUGCCCCGAUAUGUACAUUGGUACCAAUGAGAUUGGCAUUCCUAUGGUGUUUGCUACCAAACUGACUUACCCUCAGCCAGUCACUCCCUGGAACGUCAAGGAGCUGAGGCAGGCUGUCAUAAAUGGCCCAAAGGUUCACCCUGGGGCCUCCAUGGUCAUUAAUGAAGAUGGAUCUCGUACAGUGUUGAGUGCCAGCAGCCUGACCCAGAGGGAAGCCAUAGCCAAGCAGCUCCUCACUCCUUCUUCAGGCGCACCCGAGUCAGGACUGAAGAUUGUAUGUCGACAUAUUAAAAAUGGAGAUGUCCUUUUACUGAACCGCCAGCCCACCCUUCACAGACCCUCCAUCCAAGCUCACCGAGCCCGAAUCCUGCCUGGAGAAAAAGUGCUGAGGCUUCACUAUGCCAACUGCAAGGCUUACAAUGCUGAUUUUGAUGGUGAUGAAAUGAAUGCCCAUUUUCCACAGAGCGAGCUGGGUAGAGCAGAGGCCUACACCUUAGCCUUUACUGAUGAGCAGUAUCUAGUUCCAAAGGAUGGGAAGCCACUUCCUGGCUUGAUCCAGGACCACAUGAUUUCUGGAGUCAGCAUGACUAUUCGGGGCUGCUUUUUCACCAGAGAGCAAUAUAUGGAGCUUGUUUACCGAGGACUAACGGACAAAGAAGGAAGAAUUAAAAUCUUUCCCCCUGCCAUUAUGAAACCACAGCGGUUAUGGACAGGAAAGCAGGUUGUUUCUACGUUGUUAAUAAACAUCAUUCCAGAAAACCACAUGCCACUGAAUUUGACUGGGAAAGCAAAGAUUGGUGGAAGAGCCUGGGUAAAGGGACCUGCAAACAGCCAUCUAAAUCUGGAUUCGCUGUGUGAAUCUCAGGUUAUUAUUAGAAAUGGGGAAUUGCUAUGUGGAGUGUUGGACAAAGCUCACUUUGGCAGCUCUGCCUAUGGCCUGGUCCACUGCUGCUAUGAAAUCUAUGGGGGUAAAACCAGUGGGAAAGUGCUAACGUGUCUGGGACGCCUCUUUACUGCUUAUCUGCAGCUGUACAGGGGAUUUACAAUGGGGAUUGAAGAUAUUUUGGUUAAACGUGAAGCAGACCACAAAAGAAAAAAAAUCAUUGAAAGGUCAAGCCAUUGUGGUAUUGAAGCUGUUAGAGCUGCUCUUAAUUUGCCAGAAACAGCAUCACGUGAGGAGGUCCAAGGGAAAUGGCAGGAUGCCCAUCUCUGCAAAGACCAGAGGGAUUUUAACAUGGUUGAUCUGAAAUUCAAGGAGGAAGUAAACAAUUACAACAAUGAAGUUAACAAGGUUUGCAUGCCCCUUGGUCUCUACAGAAGCUUUCCAGAGAACAAUUUGCAGUUGAUGGUACAGUCAGGAGCCAAAGGAUCCACUGUAAAUACAAUGCAGAUUUCUUGUUUGCUGGGCCAGAUUGAGUUGGAAGGUCGAAGACCGCCACUGAUGGCAUCUGGCAAAUCGCUGCCAUGUUUCCAGCCUUAUGAUUUUUCCCCUAGCUCAGGAGGAUUUGUGACUGGCAGAUUUCUCACUGGAAUCAGACCUUCUGAAUUCUUCUUUCACUGCAUGGCUGGCAGGGAAGGUCUUGUGGAUACAGCUGUCAAAACCAGCCGUUCUGGCUACCUGCAAAGGUGCAUCAUAAAACAUUUGGAAGGACUGGUAGUUCAGUAUGACCUGACUGUACGAGAUAGUGAUGGCAGUGUGGUGCAGUUUCUGUAUGGAGAAGAUGGCCUUGAUAUCCCUAAAACUCAGUUCUUACAACCUGAGCAAUUCCCUUUCAUUGCAGCAAACUAUGAGGUAAUCCAGAAGACAAACCAUCUGGAUGAAGCUUUAGCAAGGAUGGAGUCUCGCCAAGCUAACCAGCAGUUCAAAGCCAUCAAAAAGUGGCGAGCCAGGCACCAAAACUCUGUGCAAAGAGAAGGAGGUUUUCUGAUGUUUUCCCAAAAGAAAAUGGCAAGCGUAAAAGCUCAGAUUCCAGGAGGAGAAAUCAAAAAUGGAAGAGAUGCAGCUACUUUACAGUUAUUGAAGAUGUGGUAUGAACUAGAUGAGAAGAAACGCAGAAAGUAUCUGAAGAAGACAAAUAAGUGUCCGGACCCAAGCCUUGGUGUUUGGCGUCCAGAUACUUAUUUUGCAUCUGUUUCAGAAACAUUUGAAAAUGGAGUCGAAGAGUUUAUCAACAAAUGGGAAUCCGAGAACAGACGAAGUUAUGUGUGCCCAUCGCUUUCUUCUGACAGAUUAAAGGAUUUGUUGUACUUAAAGUGGCAGCGAUCUCUUUGUGACCCAGGAGAAGCUGUGGGUCUUCUUGCAGCUCAGAGUAUUGGGGAACCUUCCACACAGAUGACUCUGAACACCUUCCACUUUGCUGGCAGAGGUGAAAUGAACGUCACAUUGGGUAUUCCAAGGUUGCGGGAAAUAUUGAUGGUGGCCAGUGCAAAUAUUAAAACACCAACGAUGAGUGUUCCUGUGUUCAAUACCAAGAAAGCUCUCAAGAAGGUGAAACAGCUUAAGAAACAGCUGACAAGAGUGUGCUUAGCUGAGGUCUUGCAGAAAGUUGAGAUAGAGGAAUCCCUGCGUUUGAAGUGCAAGCAGAACAGACAUCGCCUCUACAAAAUCAAAUUCCAUUUCUUGCCCCAUGAAUAUUACCGAGAGGAGAAGCGUGUGAAGCCCAGGGACAUCUUGCACUUCAUGGAAACAAGGUUCUUUAAAAUUUUUCUGGAAGCAAUUAAAAAGAAGAGUGCUAAGAUGGCAUCUUUUACUGAAGUCAGUGCCCGGAAGGCAACUCGAAAAGAUUUAGAUGGUGACCAAGACAAGACACAGGACCAUCAGGAAGCUCCAGCAGAGGAAGAAGAGAACAUUGUUGAUGCAGAAGCUGAUGAAGGGGAUGGUGAUGCUACGGAAGCAAAACGGAGGAAGAACCAGGAAGAAGAGGUUGAUUAUGAGAGUGAAGAAGAAAAUGGGGAAGAAAACGUUGAUGAGAAUCUAGAAGAUGAAGAGGCUGAAUCGGAAAAAGAAGAAGGGGCUCCCGGUGCUGAAGAAGAUCAGCAUGGAGCAGAUGGUGAUGAUUCUCAACAGCUUUCCUUUAAGUCUCGAACUAAAAAAGAUCGAUUGCUCCAGUCAGCAGAGUUGCGAGUAAACACUGUUCUGGAGAGCCACCCUUCGAUACAGGAUUACACGUUUGACACCGAGAAUGAACUUUGGUGUGAGGUUUCAUUGACGCUUCCCUUGAUGAAGGUGUACUUUGAUCUGACCUCCUUGCUUGUCUCCCUUGCACGAAGCACGGUCAUCCAUGAAGUUAAGGGGAUCACACGAUGCUUGUUGAAUGAAAGUACCAAUAACCAAGGGGAGAAGGAACUCGUUCUGCACAUCGAAGGGAUCAACCUUGCAGAGCUGUUCAGAUACUCUGAUAUUUUGGACCUGAACAGACUUUAUACCAAUGAUAUUCAUGCCAUGGCUAAGAACUAUGGUAUUGAGUCUGCCCUGAGGGUGAUUAUAAAGGAAAUAAAAGAUGUAUUUGCUGUAUAUGGCAUCGUGGUGGACCCUCGGCACCUUUCACUUGUGGCAGAUUACAUGUGUUUUGAAGGAUUUUAUAAACCACUGAAUCGUUUCGGAAUUCAGUCCAACUCCUCCCCUCUGCAACAGAUGACAUUUGAAACCAGCUACAAAUUCUUGAAGGAAGCAACAAUGAUGGGUGCCCACGAUGAACUGCGAUCCCCUUCUGCGUGCCUCGUAGUUGGAAAAGUUGUUAAAGGAGGGACUGGUUUGUUUGACCUCAAACAACCCCUCACAUAGUGUUUUGGUUAGGACUUCAGACUUCUGAUUGAAAUGCUCAUCAUCAGA